UGUGGCUCGAGCUAGGUUGAGGUGAAGGGUAGAGGGCGGGGCAGGGCAAGGGGGGAAGGCAGCGGAGGGUAUAUAUGAGGGUGCUGCAGCAGGGGUCAGCAUCACUUGAGGAGUUCCACAUUUGAGGUCAACAUGUCGAAGGCUGUGUUCGCCGUGCUUUGCCUGUGUGUGCUGGUGGCCGCAGCUAUGGCUAAUCCCAUGCCUGACCAAAGCCGGGGACGCGGGGGCGGCCAUACCGGCUACGGGAGCUAUGGCGGCCAGUCCUACGGCGGGGGCCGUCCCGGAGGCAGUUACGGAGGCUACGGCAGCGGUUAUGGCAGUCAAGGCAGCGGUUAUGGCAGUCAAGGCAGCGGUUAUGGCAGUCAAGGCAGCGGGUACGGCAGCGGUUAUGGCAGCUACGGCAGCGGUUAUGGAAGUCAAGGCAGCGGGUACGGCAGCGGUUAUGGCAGUCAAGGCAGCGGGUACGGCAGCGGUUAUGGCAGUCAAGGCAGCGGGUAUGGAAGUCAAGGCAGCGGGUACGGCAGCGGGUAUGGAAGUCAAGGCAGCGGGUACGGCGGCGGUUAUGGAAGUCAAGGCAGCGGCUCCGGAAGCUAUGGCGGUUAUAGAGGAAGUGGCGGUCCGGUGGUUAUGGCCGUGGAUAUUACAGGUACUGAGGUUUAAGUGUACACAAACCGG